AUCCCCUUUUUUAACUACCAAUAUCCAAAAAUAGAAAAAUAUCCUUUAUAACACCAAAACCUCAGACCACAACCCAUCUUAAACUUGUAUCCAAAUCAUUAACAUCAACAGGAAAAAAAAAAAAGUCCGCUAAAUAUUAUGUCUUUCUCAAUCUUAUUCUUCUUCCUUCUUGUUCUUGCAAUCCCCACUCACCAAACCUCAGAUUUGGUAACCAAAACUUGUGAUCAAACCUUGUACAAAGACCUAUGCAAUUCUGCUCUAGCAUCAGCCCCAGAAAGUGAGGUAACUGAUGUGCAAAGCCUGGCCAAGUUUGCACUAAAGAUGACAUCAUUAAAUGCAGUUGAAAUACACAAGCGAAUUUCCUUAUUGUUCAACACAAGUUCAGAUGAAUUCAUUAAGCAAUGCCUCACAGAUUGCUCUGAGAUCUACACAGAUGCAACUGAUCAGCUUGAGGAUUCCAUGGUAGCCUUGGAUUUUAAAUCUUACAAUGAUGUUAAUACGUGGGUUACUGCUGCAAUGACCGACGCACAAUCAUGCGAGGAUGGAUUCAACGAAAAAUCAGGGAUUGUAUCUCCUCUUUCUGAUAUAAACAAGAAGUUUACCCAGCUUUGCAGUAUUUCUUUAGCAAUAACAAAUCUCUUGGACAAAAACUAGCCUCUUUCUCUACGUAUAUGUAUGCAC